CGCAGUAAGUGGACUUAUCCCAAUGUAGACUCGGCAGUACGCCCUAUCCCGCACUCAGAUGAAAUACCGAUUCCAACAUUUCAUCGGCUACCAGAUAUCUCUGAUGACGAAUAUUUUCCCUCUGGUCGCUGUUCUGAUGCUAAUAAAAGUUCUGAUGCUAAUGAAACUAACAGUGACUAUGAUGAGACGUCAUCAGUUCCUCAACGCUUCAAUCAAAAUGAAUUAAAUGAUCUCACCAGGGAUCUCAAUUUAUCGAAAAAAGCUUCUGAAGUACUGGCUUCUAGGUUGAACGACAAAAAUUUAUUGGAACAAGGAAAUUACCUUUUACCGUACAAGAGAAAAGUAUCUGCUACCAUUCUUUUCUCAAGAAGAUAAUCUUGUAUUUUGUCACGAAAUUAAUGGACUCAUGAAAGAAAUGGGACUUUCUGAAUAUAUUCCAGAUGAUUGGCGCCUAUUUAUUGACAGUUCAAAGCGAAGUUUAAAAUGUGUCCUUCUACAUAAUGGGAAUAAAUAUGGUUCAAUAUCACUAGCUCACUCAACGAAACUGAAAGAAGAAUAUAAUACCGUAGCUUUGGUCUUGCAGAAGAUAAAGUAUCACGAACAUCAAUGGAUGAUUUGUGUAGACUUAAAAAUGGUAAACUUUCUUCUUGGGCAGCAAAGUGGUUACACAAAAUAUCCGUGUUUCUUGUGUCUCUGGGAUAGUAGGGACAAAACACACCACUGGGUUAGAAAAGAUUGGCCCCAAAGAGAAAACAUGGACGUUGGGGAAAAGAAUGUCAUUAACGACGCUUUGGUUGAAAGAGAAAAAAUCAUACUACCUCCGUUACAUACAAAGAUGGGCUUAAUGAAGCAAUUUGUAAAGGCUCUUGAUAAGAAUGGGUCAUGUUUUGCAUAUAUAGGGGUAAAAAUGCAUCAGUUGAGCACAGAAAAACGCAAAACAGGGAUAUUUGACGGCCCACAAAUAAGACAAUUAAUUAAGGAUCCUGCCUUCAUAAAUUCAAUGAAUCAAGUUGAACGAGAAGCUUGGACAUCAUUUGUUUCAGUUGUAGAAAAUUUUCUAGGCAAACAUAAAGCUCAAAUCUAUGUUGAAAUGGUUAACAAGAUGCUUAAUAGUUUCAAAUCCUUAGGGUGCAAUAUGAGUAUUAAAAUACACUAUUUACACAACCACUUAGACUGUUUUCCAGAAAAUUUGGGAGACAUUAGUGAGGAACAAGGUGAAAGAUUUCACCAAGAUAUUAAAAUGGAGGACCGCUACCAAGGAAGAUGGGACAUGCACAUGAUGGCAGAUUACUGCUGGAGUUUAAAAAAGAACUGUUUAAAAAAACAAUUAAGAAUGUCGCGGAAAAGAAGCUUUCGAAGUGUUGAGUGA